AACACGCCAACCCAGGAACAUAGGCUGGACUGUUUGUGUGGAGGGUUAUUCCGGUUCAUGUCCGUCCACCCUCCUCCUCGGCCACUGUGGGGCUCUGUAUCCCGCCACGGACCAUCUCCAGCUCAGCCAUCUCAGCCUUCCCACACCGCCACCACCGCCGCCUCCAGCAGUCAGCCAGCCCAGUCCACCCGAGCACCCAGCACCCAUCCUGAGCAGCCUCGGUGGUCCUGUCGCCGACACGUCAAGAGGUUUUGAGGAGUUUCACAGACACAGCGAUGGGGACCCCCUGAAGACUGAUAAUAACAUCAUCCUCCAUUGACAGAAACCAGCGGGAGAAGGAUAAAGUCGGACACCAUGAACUACGUGGGGCAGCUGGCUGGGCACGUGCUGGUCACGGUGAAGCAGUUGUACAAGGACAUAAACCAGGCCACUCUGUCGGGCUGCAUCGACGUUGUGGUGGUCCGCCAGAGGGAUGGCACCUACCAGUGUUCCCCCUUCCACGUGCGCUUUGGCAAACUGGGCGUGCUGCGCUCCAAAGAGAAAGUGAUUGACAUUGAAAUCAACGGUGAGCCUGUAGACCUGCACAUGAAACUGGGUGACAAUGGAGAGGCCUUUUUUGUACAAGAGACCGAACAGCAAAAUCAGGCUAUCCCGGCUCACCUGGCCACCUCCCCGAUCCCUACCGAGAGUCACCUCUUCUGGAUCUCUGAGGUGGAACACAGGGCCCCUAAAGACCUGGAGGACGAGCAGGGCGAUGCAGAUGACCCCCCUGACCCCCCCACGUCCAGCACUGUGAGCACCAAGAAGAAGCGACGGAGGAGGAAGAAGCACAAGGGAGACCCACGCAGAGAGGAGCUGACUCCACCCAUGUCUGCUGCUAAUGCUAACGCUGCUAACAACACACCUGCUGCUACGUCCGGCAACGGGCAAAAUGAGGAGAUCUUUGAGAUGGACCUGAGCUCUGAUGAGGAUACUGCCAACCAUGUCUCGAGGUCACCUUCUGUCACCACAAUGAAAGACACUGAGUCCAAACAGCCUGCCCCAAGACACAGCCUGGACUAUCCAGUUUCAGACGGAGACUGGCCCCUAGACGACAGUCAUGAUCUGUCCGAAGCCUUUUCUCCCAAAAGUGACUCUGAGCUGAUGGUUCGACCCUCAGAGAGCUUCCUGAGGGCGGAGUCUCACAUCCAGUGGACCUGGGGAGAGUUUCCUGAAACGACUAGGGUGACCAAAAAGGAGAAGCCAGAAGUCAAAACGGUCACCAUCACUCCAUCAGAGAGCACGCACUUUCGGGUGAUCCUGAGUUCAGAAGCCAUGGAGGAUGACACUGAUCUCGAGAGGAAUAAUGCUGCUGCUACUUCACAGUGCACUAUAGUUAAACCAGAACCACGCACACCAGUCGCUCCUGUCCCCACUGUCGCACCUGUCGCACCUAUUGCACCUUUAGGCCCUUCAGAUCCUAGUUCUGGUCCAGAUCCUGCCUUGGCUUUAUUGAGUCCCACUGAGCCUCUGGAUGUGCUGCCCUCUAGUGUCCCCACCUCCACGCCUUCACACAACCCACUGACAGAUUCACCCUCCAAGAAAAAAGGUGUCCCAAAGAGGAGCCAACACCAGGGCCCUGAGGAUAUUUACCUGGAUGACUUGAAUGUACUCGAGCCUGAUGUUGCUGCAAGAUAUUUUCCCAAGAGUGAGUCUGAAGCUGCCACUAAACACUGGAUGGAAUCGGAGAUGCGCUCUGGCUCUCAGUCCCCUCAGUCUGUGGGCAGCGCAGCGGCUGACAGUGGGACAGAGUGUCUGUCAGACUCGGCCUCAGACCUGCCCGACGUCACUCUGUCACUGUGCGGAGGCCUCACCGAGAACGCAGAGAUAUCCAAAGAAAGGUUCAUGGAGCAUAUCAUUACCUAUCAUGAGUUUGCUGAAAACCCGGCAAUUAUAGAUAACCCCAAUCUGGUGGUCAAGAUAGGAAAUCGAUAUUACAACUGGACCCUUGCUGCUCCCUUAAUUUUAAGUCUUCAAGCGUUUCAGAAAAACUUACCAAAGGCUACAGAAGAGGCCUGGAUGAAGGAGAAAAUGCCAAAGAAGUCAGGGCGCUGGUGGUUCUGGCGAAAACGGGCGGAUAGUACAAUCAAACAGUCUGAGACAAAGCUUGAAGCCAAGGAGGAGUCCCAGUUAGAAGAAGGACCCUUGCUGCCUCAGGACAAAAUGCCCUUAAUAGCUAAAGUAGGAGACUCGUCCAGUGAUGAGGAGGCGAAGGAGGUGAGCGCCGCCUCGUGUCAGGACAGACUUCAGAGUGGAGAAUCUCAGCACCACACGACCAUGCACACCUACAGGAAGUCCCUACGUCUCUCCUCUGACCAGAUCGCCAGUCUGAAGCUAAAAGAGGGUCCCAAUGAGGUGACGUUCAGCAUCACGACUCAGUACCAGGGCACAUGUCGCUGUGAGGGCACCAUCUACCUGUGGAACUGGGACGACAAAGUCAUCAUCUCCGACAUCGACGGCACCAUUACCAAGUCUGAUGUAUUUGGACAGAUUCUGCCUCAGCUGGGGAAGGACUGGACGCAUCAAGGCAUCGCUAAACUCUACCACUCUGUCGCUGAAAACGGGUACAAGUUCCUGUACUGCUCUGCGCGGGCAAUCGGGAUGGCGGACAUGACACGCGGCUACCUGCAGUGGGUCAAUGAUGGAGGGAUCAUUCUGCCUCGUGGACCCCUCAUGCUCUCUCCCAGCAGCCUGUUCUCUGCCUUUCACAGGGAAGUUAUCGAGAAGAAACCUGAAAUCUUUAAGAUCGAAUGCCUUACGGACAUCAGGAACCUGUUCCAGCACAAUAAACAGCCAUUCUACGCCGCUUUUGGGAAUAGGACUAAUGAUGUGUUUGCCUAUAAGGAGGUGGGGGUCCCCGAGUGCAGAAUCUUCACCGUGAACCCCAAAGGAGAGCUGAUCCAGGAGCAGACCAAAGGCAACAAAUCCUCGUAUUGCAGGCUUAGCGAGUUGGUGGAGCACGUCUUUCCUCUGUUGAGUAAAGAGCAGACUGAGGCCUUCGUGUUGCCAGAGUUCAGCUCCUUUUGUUACUGGAGACAGCCUCUGCCGGACAUCAACCCGGACGAGCUGCUCUGAUCCCGACUGUACCAGACCCCGCAGUAAUGACCGCAAACAGGACGCGAAUCUGUGCACUUCAAUGCAGCUUUAGGUAACCAAGCAACCGAACAACAAGACCACACCACAAGAAAACACCUCUUCCUCCUACUGACCAAAAGCAUUCAUCUGAGAGUAGAAAUAAUGGUUAAACUAAUUUAAAGGUGCACUAUGUAACUUUUCAGAGAGGGGGUUCCACUACCAGUUUGUCUUGACUCUAUGGAGAUGUAUUGCUUUGUUUGGAAUGAUUCAGAGUAUGGCAUUAUAGUUUACUUUUUAUCGGUUGGAAAACAUGCAUUUCUAUGGAACAUUCAAAGCAAAGUAAAAAACAUCUUCAUAGGCGUGACAGACCUUCCAGGAAAGUUACAUAAUACAUCUUUUAAAAUAACUGGUCACACUUACUUGCUACUACAUUAAAAGUCCUGUACCUGGGAACCAUAGUAAAGCAACAAAACUCCGGGAUUGUCACUCGCAGUUGUGUCCAUAUGGUUCUUAUCCAAUACAAAAUACUUUUAUUGCUUCACUGGAAAAUUUAUUUAAUUUCCCCUCACAAAUAGCUGCUUUUACAACAUUGCAUAAAGUAAAGGGUGUUUUUAUGAACCAGAAGCAAUGCCAAUAUAACGCACCAUCAACCUGUAAUUACACCCUAAGUACUAGUUACAUAGUAUUAUAGGUUGUUACUUUGAACUUAAUGAGGUACAUAGAAUACAUCAAGGCUUAUAUAAAAAGUGUGAUCAAGUAUUCAAAUGGUUUUCAUGUCAAAGCGGCCAAUUGUAUUUUAGUAUUUGUACAAAAUCACGGGUAUCUCUGCUACUACAAGCUGUACGCAGAGUAUGCCCUCACCAGUGCUUUGUUGGUUAGCAAAGUACCAGUCACCAACAUGGCAAGUACACACGAUUCGUUUAUCAUUCAUUCAUUUGUUUUUCAAUAUAAAAUCAAAAAUCAAAAAAUGAAAAGAACAACUGUUUUCUUCAUUAUUUGUCUCCAAAAUCAAAAUGAAAAAACAGAUAACGAUUAGUUUUUUCAGUUUUCGAUUUAGUUUUUUUUUUUUUAAUUAAAUUUUAAAAUUUUAAAUGAAUAAUGAAAAACACAGCCAUUUCCCGUUUAUCUGACUUAAACUGCAAUGCCGGACUUCUGAACUGCAUACGAUCUGAACCAGGAAUGAACCAGUACUAAACCAUUUUCAGUCCUGGUCUGGUCCUGGUCUGGUCCCGGUUUCAGUCCCAUUCUCAGUCCCGGUCUCAAUCACUGUCUGGUCCCGGCCUCAGUCCUGGUCUCAGUCCUGGUCCGGUCCUGUCCUGGUCUUGGUCCCAGUCCCGGUCUCAGUCCUGGUCUCUGUUCCGGUCCCAGACUCAGUCCUGAUCUAAGUCUAAGGAAACGGCCGUUAUCCAUUUUUUCCAUUAUUCAUUUGAACACAAAAUCGAAAACUGAAAAAACAAAUCGUUAUCUGUUUUUUCAUUUUGGUUUUGGAGACAAGUAAUGAAGAAAACUGUUGUUUUUUAGUUUUCUUAUUUUUGGUUUUAUACUGAAAAAUGAAUGAACGCAUGACACACGGAUUACACACAUUGAUUCAGUUCAGUUCCUAUUUAAACUUUCCUAUGCUUGUCUUUGGACAGCAGGAGGAAGCCCGGCUGAACUCAGUUACACAGGAAGGACACAAACUCCAGAUAAUAAUAAUAAAAAUAUCUGCUUUUCAUAUUAAAAAAAAGACUAACUUUUUGAAUUGAGAAUGAUGACUUAACUUGAAAAUAAUUAUUUCUACACCAUAUGAAAAAAUAUAUAAAUUUCUAUUAUUACAAAAAAUGAAAAAAUAAGUUGCUAUUUUUUUGGUUGUCUGUCUAGUUGGUCAAAAUAGUGAAGACAGUUCUAAUUUAAUAAACAAUUUAAGAAAAAUAUAUAAUUAUAGUGUAUGCUAUGAUCAGUGAAUAACAACAUAUUACUAUAGUAGUAAGUCUAUCUGCAUUUAUUAAGAACAUGAUUUUUGUUUCUAACCUUCACUAAUACUCACGGAAAGGUCAUGAUUUCACUUGCAGAUUUUGAUUUUUCUUUUCUUAGAAGUUUGUACUAAAUAAGUAAAAUGCAGAGACACAGUUAGAUAUUCUAUAACCAACAAGAAUGUGAAAAGUUAAAUAUACAAAAUGCAGCUAUUGUCUAUUGCUGUUGUUUUAAUAUUAUGUUUUGUACACACUUGGCUCGAUCGUGUGUGUUUAACUUUAUUUAUGUUGAUUAGUAUGUUUAAAUUAUUAAACUGCAUUGCCUUUGGUUGUCUGAAAUUUGACUGGCAGCAAUGCAAUGUGGAGAUAUUGAGAUGCACUAAUAAUAAUAACAAUGAUAAUAAUAUAGAGGGCUACAUCAGUGAAUUAGAAAUUGUUAUUUCUGUUAUUCUAUUCAAAAUAAAAGUGCACUAUGUAACUUUUCUGUUUGGGAUUCACAACCAGCUUGUCUCCAUGGAGAUGUCAAUGCUUUGCCUGGUGUCUUCUAGCCUGAUUCAUCAGACGGUUUCACUUCGUAGAAGCCAUUUGACCUCACAGCGUUAGAAUUUGUUCGCUUGCCAGUAGGUGUGUACUUUUUAUCAUUUAACCAAUCACUGCUAUUUGGUCGUGAUGUCUGUAAUGCGCCGCUAACGGGGAUAACUGGUAUAUUAAGUUUUUUUCCCAAAUCCAGUAGGAAGAAGGGCAAUAACGUUUUUUCCCUUGAUAAAAUUCAACAAACAUUCUCUUUGUUCCGGCUUUAAAUCCUCGAUCUUGGGAAUCGUUGCCAACACAGAAUGUAUGGCUUUUCGCUGAUUGUCUGGACCCCAAACUCGCACUUCAGGGGUUUUUGCGAACCGUCUAGUGUAUUCUGAUUCCUGACCUAGUCGCUGGAGAGAAAUGCGAUAGAGCGGAGGCACUAGGUGGCGCCAACCUGGAUAGUUAUCUUCCACAAUAUUGCAUUAUUGGUUCAUUUUUUACAUUUUCUGCUUAAAUACAAACAAAAAACACAGGUUUGUCUCUUUGCUGUUUGUCUCCAUUGUGGUAGAUAAGAUAAAUGCCAUACUGUGGAACAUUCUAGGCAAAGCAAUGGCAUCUCCAUCCGAAAAGUUCCAUAGUAAAUCUCUCACAAAACUGCUUAUUUGAGCUGGAAAAACACACAUAGAUUUAAAUUUUACUACAUUUACACAUUUACCAAAGUGAAAUAAAUAUCUCCUAUCACAUUUUAAUUCACUGAUGUAGUGUUUCGUCUGGACACAAUCUUUGUACCAACUAUUCCUUGUUUUAGAGUGAUACGUGGAAUAACACACAUGAUCCACUAGCACCAUUUUUCUGCAGCUUUGUAUUCAAAUGUGUAUCUCGAUGUGAGGGGAAAACACUUGAGAUGGAACCAAGAGCUUAAGUUGAGAGAUUUCUGUUCGGGAAAUGUCACUUGUUAAGACCACAGGGCGCUGGCUAGCUCAAGUGCGUGUGUAUGUAUUUGGUUGUGUGGUGGAUCACGGCAACCAACCAAGUAUCAAAAUUCAACGCACUUUGACUAAGCUGCAGCAGAGAUGUAGGUUUGCUAUAGUUGGCACAUGUCCUGUUUGUGCUAUAGGCAAGAAGAGUAUGCGAGAGUUGAACAUGUACCUCUAUUUUUUGGGCUUAAUAAGAUAUCACAUGUAUUUUUUUACUUUGCUUGGAUUCUCAUCUGGUAUUUUGAUUAAGAUUAAGUUUUAUUAAGAAAAAAACUAAUUUAAUUUUAAUUUUAAAGCCAGUUUGGACCCUCACCAGACGCAUUUCCUAGAUAACUAGAUUACAUAGUCAGAUAAUGAAACGUAUUUAGCAAAUAUACUGCUAUUUUGGUUCAUUUUGGUCACGAAAAAUCUAAAUAUUAUCUUAAAAAAUAUACUAUUACACAAUCAAAAUUACUUUAUACCUCUUAGAUAUCUCAAAGUGGUCCAGUCUAGGUUCAGUUUCAGGUUUAGUUCUCAUUUUCUCAUUUCUGUUUUGCACCAUUUGAGAAUCCAAGCGAUGAAGCGACUAUUUAAAUAUGUUAAUUAUUUGUUGGUACUAAUGUGGGUGUUUUGAAAUCUAGUGUUUUGAGGUAAUUGUGUGCAUGAUCCUUAUCCUUUCGUGAGAAGGGGAAGAGCCACUGUUUUUUGUGUAGAAACAAACAGGAAAUACUUGACUGAGUACAGGAAGCUGUUCAAAGUGCUUUAUUGAAUAUAUGUGUAUGCGACAAUGGGCACAUGGUAAAAAAUGAGGAUGAUAUUUGAGAGAAAUGCGAGACGAAAUUCAGGAAGCACAAUUUGUAAUGAUGACAGCUAUAGCUUUGUUUUAAUCGCCACUAUAGGUCGACAUUAUUUCAUUUAUUAUUUCGCUUUUUUGUUUUCAAUUAGCUCCAAUGUACAGCUCGAGGAAAAUGACAAGAAACCACUGCAAUGUAUCUUUAAUUAAAAGUACUAUUACGAAACAAUUCUUGGACUAAACUACAACUGAAUCAACUUUAAACUAAGCAAUUCUAAAACAUGUCUUAACAGUGAAGACUAACCUGAAAUUAAACCAGGGUCUUUAAAGUUCUACUAUGUAAUUUUUCUGGUGAUUGGCGACACAACUUGCUGUCUCCACGAGAUUUUUUGUUACUUUGUGUGUAAUGUUAAACUUGUAUUUCCUGAAUACUCUACUGGUCAGAAGGUUUAGAGCACCACACUUUUUCCGUUUUUUUUACUGUUUACUAUUUACUGUUGACCAAAACGUAUUCUAAACUUUGACUGAACUGAUGAAAGUGUCCACCUUUGGCAGAUAAAACAGCUGAACACACUCGUGGCUCAUUCUUUUUUACAAUAGAAAUAAAAUAUUCUUCAGAAAAUUCUUCCCAAGUUUGUAGCAGAAGUUCCCAUAAAUGUGUGGCACUUGUAGGUUGCUCGGCUUUCACUAUUCUGUCCAGUUCAUCCCAAACCAACUCGAUGGGGUUUAAGUCUGGAGGCUGUGCUGGACACUCCAUGUUUUCAAGCUUAUCAUCUUGUUCUUUUUUCCUGAGGUUGUUUUGGCAGACCUUGAACUUGUGUUUUGUAUCUUUUAUCUUUUUUUAACCUCUGGCUGUUCAGUAUUUACCUUUGUGCCAUUUCAAGCUCUUCAUUGGACUUGCUCAACUUGAAUUGCAAUAAAUAACUGGAAAAAUUAGGGUGUUCUAAAUCUUUUGACCUGUAAUGUACAUUUUAUUUACCCCAGCUUUUUAUUUAUCCCAAAAUACCUGAAAUACACACAUUCAUACUGUGCGUGACGUUGCCUCUCCAUAGAUCUGACCUGUAACUUUGCAUGGAGACGGAAAAGCUUGUAGCAGUCCCUCCACCGGAAAACUUAUACAUGGACUGAUCGGGCUGAUUUUGUAUUCAGUCAGGUCAACAAAGUACCACAAGUCUAUACCAGGAGAAAUCAGGAUCAAAACCAGACACAAACCAGGUCUAAAAAUGUCUUAUCUGUUAACUUGCAGUGGUCUCUGAUGUUGUUUUCCAGGGCUGAUUUUUUAGUUUCAUCACUUGAUCUAAUACUAUACUUCAUUUUGUUUGCUUGCUUGUUACAUAUGAAGUCUAAAUAUCUAUGAAGUUUAGUGAAGUAGUUUUAUCUUCAAAUUAACAAAAGGAUUUCCAUUCUUUCUAUGAAAGUGAAGCAUCUUGUGUGGACACAUCACACUCAUCUUCUAUAAUCCUGGGAACACGGUAUAUAUUAUAAUCUAUACUCAAUAAUAAUCAUUUUGUUUUCACUGCUGUAUGUUAGCAGUCUACUGUAUAUGCUGAUUUCACCUUUGCCUUUUGUUUCUUAUUGUAUUUUAUUUUGUGGGACUUCUAUUUUAUUUUGUUAGAAGGUGAUGCUUGCUCUGUUUGAUUGUGUCUGAAUUCCUUAAUUGUAUGCUGUGUUGAUUUGUUAUGUGGUUUGAAGUAUGUAAAAAAGAUAAAAAUGUUGUUGUAAGAAGAGACCAAUGACCUAAAGCUAACAAUCUGGUCAUAUUUGUAUUAAAUAAACUUUCUAAAUGAA